AUGUGUGGAAUCACUGCGAUUCUCCUCGCCUCGGUCGAUCAGUCGGCUGCGCCAGAGAUCAACGAGGCGCUCUCCCUCCUCCAGCAUCGUGGCCAGGAUGCCGCCGGUAUCGUUACUUGCGGUCACAAGGGUCGCUUCUACCAGUGCAAGGCGAACGGUAUGGUUCGCGACGUCUUUGACGUCAACGCCGUCGCCCGUCUUCAGGGUAACAUGGGUGUAGGUCACGUUCGAUACCCCACUGCCGGCUCCUCUGCUCACUCCGAGGCGCAGCCCUUCUACGUCAACUCUCCCUAUGGCAUCACCUUUGCCCACAACGGUAACCUCAUCAACACCGACGAGCUCCGUCGCUUCCUCGAUGCCGACGCCCACCGUCACAUCAACACUGACUCGGACUCCGAGGUGCUCCUCAACGUCUUCGCCAACAACUUGCAAAAGACGGGCAAAUUCCGUAUCAACGAAGAAGACAUCUUCACCGCCAUCCGCGAUCUUAUGAAGCAGUGUCAGGGUGGUUACACGUGCAUCGCCAUGCUUGCUGGUUUCGGUAUCAUCGCCUUCCGUGACCCCAACGGCAUUCGUCCCCUUGGCAUGUGCUCGCGACCCUCGUCGGCGGCAGACUCUGGCGAAAUCGAAGGUCAUGGCAAGGAUUACUGCUUCACCUCCGAGUCAGUCGUCUGCGACGCGCUUGGAUUCGAAGACUUCGAGGACAUCAAGGCUGGCGAGGCCGUCAUCAUCACAAAACACGCCGUCUCGCGUCGCAUCCUCACGCCUCCCGCCGACUCGCCAGACGCUUUCACCUUCGCCCCUGACAUCUUCGAGUACGUCUACUUUGCUCGUCCCGACAGUGUCAUGGACGGUGUCUCGGUCUACCGUUCGCGCAUGGCCAUGGGUGACAAGCUUGCAGACGAAGUGCGUCGCCAACUCCAAGCCACGGGCGAGUCGAUCGACGUCGUCAUCCCCGUGCCAGAUACUUCGCGUGUUGCUGCACUCCAGCUUGCACAGAACCUUGGCGUCCCCUACCGUGAAGGUUUCAUCAAGAACCGCUACGUCGGUCGUACCUUCAUCAUGCCUGGUCAGAGCGUGCGUCGCAAGAACGUGCGUCGUAAACUCAACGCCAUGGCGCUUGAGUUCAGCGGCAAGAACGUGUUGAUUGUUGAUGACUCGAUUGUGCGAGGUACCACUUCGAAGGAGAUCAUUCAGAUGGCGCGUGAUGCUGGUGCCAAGAAGGUGAUUAUGGCCUCGUGCGCGCCACCUAUCCGCUACUCGAACGUGUACGGUAUCGACAUGCCCUCGCGUCAGGAACUCGUUGCGCACGGUCGCUCCGUCGAGCAGAUCGCUGAAUACAUCCAGGCCGACAUGGUCAUCUAUCAGACGCUCGAGGACCUCAUCGACUCGGUGCAGCAGUUCAACCCAGAACUCAAGCACUUUGACUGCUCGGUCUUCGACGGUCACUAUGUCACGGGUGGUGUGGACGCCGAGUACAUUGCUCAUCUUGAACACCUCCGCAGCGAGAACGCAAAGGCCAAGAAGGCAGCGGGCAAGAUCCCCGUCAUUGCAGAAAGCCAGAAGAAGCUCUACGCGAGCCGUGCCAGUCCUUCGGCUUCCAGCGUCGCAAACGACGACAAGCUGGCCUCAGAACCCACGGCUGCCGUACUCAAUGGUGGCGGCGCCAACGGCAACCGCAAACGCCGUCUGACGGACGAGGAGGCGGAGGAGGAGGAGGAGGACAAGCAGCAAGACGUUGGCUGCUCCGGUCCUAUGAACGGCGCUGAUGAUAUCGGGCUGUUCAACAGCUGGACCCGUUGA